AGAGACCCUCCUUGAUGAACUCAACUUUGAUUCUCCAUCAUCAGACCAAAUCCCAAUUUUUUUAGUAUUUUUUUUUUAAUAUAUAAAUAUGUUUCAACCCAAAAACCGCAUUUUCUGCUCUCUUCCUCUUCUCUCCCCAACUAGUCAAAAUGCACACUCCAACUCUCAAUCCUUGAUUUCUCACCGAAACUCUUUUUCUCUGAGUCUCUUUUAAUUCUCUUGGAAUGCUCUCCUAGCUUUUUUUUUUUUUUUGGCUCUUGCACAGUUGUGUAUGUCUGCAUGAUUCAAUCAUGUGGGUAUUGCUUUCUCUUAUUUGGAUAUUUGUCAGAUUCCACAAAGAUAUAUCUGAAAUGGGUUUGCGUCUUUGUUUGAUUCUGAUGUGUUCCAUUCGCUGAUUCACUGUCCUUUGGCGCUCCUAGAUCUGUUUUCGGCUCUGCUCGAUCCACUGCUUUAUUCCUGCUUUAGUAGCUUUACCACUACCCACAAGGUCAGAUCAUGGCAUUUUACCGUUUAUAGUUGUUGCUUUGUUUCGGUAUUUUCUGCUUGCUAUUUCUAAUUGAUGAGAGAAUUUAGCUGGUUUGCACCGAGUGAUGCACAAAAAGUUGGGUCUAUGCUCUUUGAAAAACACUAGAGGCUCUUUGAUGCUUUGAGUCCGACAACUUGAUGAUGCAUAGGCACCGGAGCAAUAUUAAGGUGGUUGGGGGGUUUCUUGGGCUUUUGCUAAUUCGGCUCAACUCUUUUAUUCUAUAUUUGUUCAUGGUGCAUAGUUGCACAAACCCUCCAUCUCAGAGGUAUCUGUUAUAAGUUGUGAAAGUAAGUAAUGGGCAACGGAACUUCUCGUGUUGUCGGUUGUUUUGUGCCUUUCAAUGGGAAAAAUGGCGUUGAUUUAGAGUUCUUAGAGCCACUAGAUGAAGGAUUAGGCCAUUCCUUCUGUUACGUUAGGCCAUCAAUUUUUGAAUCUCCUGCCAUUACCCCAUCAAACUCUGAAAGGUAUACUGUUGAUUCGAGUACCCUCGAUUCUGAAACGUUAAGUGGGUCAUUUAGACAUGACAUGAUAGAUGAUGCCUCGGGGUUACACAGAACAUACAAGAGCGUCCCAGAAACCACAUUUAAAACCAUCUCAGGGGCAUCGGUCAGUGCCAAUGUUUCUACGGCUCGGACUGGUAACCAGAGUGCACUGUUUGCCAGUGAUGUCCAAGAGCCCGCUGCAUCAUUUGAAAGCACCUCCUCAUUUGCCGCAAUCCCUUUGCAGCCUGUACCUCAUUGCUCUGGACCAUUGAAUGGAUUCAUGUCUGGGCCGCUUGAGAGAGGUUUUGCUUCUGGUCCUUUGGAAAGGGGAGGUGGUUUCAUGUCCGGGCCGAUUGAGAAGGGUGUAAUGUCUGGUCCACUUGAUGCUACUGAUAAAUCUAACUUCUCUGCACCACUUGCACGCAUUCGGAGAAGACCAGGCCUCCAACGUCUCAUGAGGAGUGUGAGCGGGCCUGUGAGGAACACUUUCUCCCGGACCUUCUCAAAACAUUCCGGGGGGCCUAGUUGGAUGCAACGGUUUUUCUUGCACCCGGUGUCUCAAUUGGCCUGGCAUCCUAAGGAGCCAAAGUUUCGAGCCGAUGCCUCACGAAACUGUCCUGAAGGUGUGCAAUCUGAAGGGGAGUAUAGAUGUAUUCACAACCUGCAAUGGGCUCAUGGCAAGGCUGGUGAAGAUAGAGUUCAAGUUGUGCUUUCGGAAGAACAAGGAUGGUUGUUUAUUGGGAUAUAUGAUGGUUUUAGUGGGCCAGACGCACCAGAGUUUCUGAUGAGCCAUCUUUAUAAAGCAAUAGACAGAGAACUGGAAGGACUGCUUUGGGAUUAUGAAGACAAACCUCUUAUCGAUCCAUUGAAACCUGAACCCCAUAAUGCUGGACAUAGAGAAGCAGCUUCAGAGUCCAGCAAGGUGGACCAGCCGAAUCCUGAUUCAAGUCAAAUAAUUUAUUGUGGUUUAGAGGAUGUGUGCAGACAUCAAUUUGUUAGAGGUCAAUCUUCUAACUGUGAAAUAGUUGAGGAAAAUGAAGAAGUUAGGAUGGGUGUCGAACCCAGUUGUGAAAAGCCCUGCAUCUCAGGAACUGCAGCUGUUUCUGUGCCAGCUGCAAACUCGAGUGGUCAAGGCAGAAAAAGUAUGCGGCUUUAUGAGCUACUUCAGAUGGAGCCUUGGGAUGGACAAGGUUCUAAUUUAGUCUUGGAAGUCGGGAACCGAAGAAAGGUUUCAUGGGAUUGUCAAUUGAGCCAAGAAACUUUGGAUUCUAGGCAAAACUUACAAGAAAAUCAGGCAAGGUCUUGCUCGUUGGACCCCAAAGGAGAUAGUUGUAGCCAUCGGGGUGAAGAUCCCACUACUUCGGGUGAAGACGUAGGGGUUAGGGUCGAAUCCGCUAAUCAUAGUGUUGUAACUGCUCUUUCUGUUUCAAGGCAAAGGCAGAAUACUAGAAAGUCAUUAAUCAGUUCAAAGAUUAGAAAAAUGUAUCGGAAGCAAAAGUCCUUGCGUAAGAAACUUUUUCCUUGGAGUUAUGAUUGGCACAGAGAGGAGAGUUUUGUUGAUGAAAGAAUGGUGGAGCCCUCGGGGCCUAUUAGGAGAUGCAAAUCUGGUGUUAUUGAUCACGAUACGGUUUUAAGAGCAAUGGCUCGAGCUCUUGAAAGAACCGAAGAGGCUUACAUGGAAAUGGUGGAAAAGGCUCUUGACAAAAAUCCGGAGCUUGCUUUGAUGGGGUCAUGUGUUCUAGUAAUGUUAAUGAAGGAUCAAGAUGUCUAUGUCAUGAACCUAGGGGAUAGCCGUGUGAUCUUGGCUCAAGAAAGACCAAAUGACCGUUAUCCUAAUCCAAGUUUUUUGAAAGAUGAUGUGAGACAUAGGAAUAGAUCCAGAGAGUCAUUAGUGCGUAUGGAGUUGGACAGAAUAUCGGAGGAUUCUCCAAUGCAUAAUCAGAACAGUCAGCUUAGCAAGAUAAAUAAAAGCAGAGAGGUUUCGUUAUGCAGAUUGAAAAUGAGAGCAGUACAGCUUUCCACCGAUCACAGCACAAGUGUUGAAGAGGAAGUUUUUAGAAUUAGGGCUGAACAUCCGGAUGACAACCAGGCUGUAUUUAAUGAUCGAGUGAAGGGGCAAUUGAAAGUCACCAGAGCAUUUGGUGCUGGGUUCCUGAAGAGGCCAAUUUGUAACGAGGCUCUGCUGGAGAUGUUUCGGAUUGAUUAUCUGGGAACUGUUCCUUAUGUCAGCUGCAUUCCUUCCCUUAUUCACCACAGACUUUCCUCGAGUGAUCGAUUCCUGGUACUCUCCUCUGAUGGACUUUACCAGUACUUUAGCAAUGAAGAGGUAGUUGCUCAUGUCACUUGGUUCAUGGAAAAUGUUCCUGAAGGGGAUCCUGCUCAGUACCUAAUCGCAGAGCUUCUCUUCCGUGCUGCCAAAAAGAAUGGAAUGGAUUUUCAUGAACUGCUGGAUAUUCCUCAUGGGGAUCGACGCAAAUAUCAUGAUGAUGUUUCUGUUAUGGUUGUUUCACUGGAGGGAAGGAUCUGGAGAUCAUCUGGAUAAUUGUUUACAUCUAUUUUUUAUUUUAAUUUUUUGUUCAUUUUUGGUUCCUCUCUCUCUCUCUGCUAGGUUAUUUCACGUUUGCACAUUGCAUCAACAAACAAUGUCACAAUUUUCAGGCAAGGAGUAAAUCAUUUAUGCAUUUCAGAAAUCAGAAUCA